AGGAUUGAAAUAGAUAUGAAAGCGUGAGCGCCAUGUUUCAAUAUCAGCCUACUAUUUAAAACACUCUAGUGUAGAAUGGCUGACGUUUUCGCUCAAAUCCCUGAUGUGGAGAUUGACCCGGAUGGAACGUUCAAGUACAUACUGGUCAGAGUGACAAGUAAAGCGGGAGGCGUCCACAAAGACAUUGUCCGCGGCACAAAAAGUGCUCAGUACCACAACCAUAUAUUUGAGAAAGUGCAGCCAGCGAUGGAGGCCUUGGGGAUGGAGUGUCAAUGUCUUGGAGGAGGCAAGAUUGAGCACAACAGCCAGGAGAAAAAGCUCAGGGUGUUUGGGGAGUCUACUGGCUUUGGCAAAGCAGAUCAUUCCGUGUCUGCAGAGAAGCUUAAGGCUGCCUACUGCGACUACGAUGUGACCUGCUCUGAAGACAAUAAAUAACGGCUGAUGAAAUAAUGUCUUGUUUGCAGACAGUUUUAAUUGACAUCCGCUGAAUCAUCUGAGGAUCGACUGACAGUUGGGAAUCUGAGAGUAAAGUCCAUACCGGAAAGCUUCAGGCCAUGAAUGAUCCAGGGGAGAGAAGUGACUGAACUUUGUCCCCCGAAAAACACCGUUCUUUAAUUGGGUGUUAAAUAUAGACAGAAAAUAUCUUGUCAGCGCCAGCCAAAGUCUCCAUCCUCUUCCGUGGGUUUUCCCACUAAACGCUUUGGAAAAUCUAUGACACAUCAUCUACCGUUUGCCAUUUAGGGAUUUCCUGUAGAAGAAGAGUGAACUGUCCAACCACAAAACAAAGGUCCAUCACCCUUCCCAGUUUCCUCCUCUAAUCCGGUGCACUGAGUUGACCUUUUUAUUAUCUGCGGACAUUGAAAGGUCACGUGUCUCUGCCACUGGGAGCAAUAUGAUUGUUUUUCUGAAAGACAUUUGGACUUCAAAUAGAUCUAAGAAUGUCGACUCUUUUCCUGAACAGGAAUCUGUCUCUUCCAAGGCCAACUGUAAUGAGCGCCUCAUACUUACGGGAAGCGAAAGUGUGACUUUGUUAGUACAACAAAAACUCUUGGACCUGAGUAAACAUUCCAGACUCAUGACAGGAUAUUGAUGAAUGCUUUCUAAAUUAGUGCCGCCACCUUCAUUACUUGGCUGGUAAGGUGUGACUAAAGCUUGAUUCAUUAUAUCAGAGAACUGUUCUCCUAGUUAAGCACAUUACAAACAAAGAUUUUCAAUUGUUUUUCUGUCUAUAUCGAGAAAUACAAGCACACAAUUACUAAUUAUUCAGUCACCAUUUGAGCAUUUAAUUAUUAAAAGACAAAUUCAGUCUUGUUUC